AAGAAGCCAGAAGAGGUGGAGCCCGGCCGGAGGAGGGUUGCUCCGGAGCCGCUCGCCCUUCGCUACGUUUGCAUUAUGAAUACUGUACGCCUGUGGCUUUCGAGCUGGGAAGAAAUAGGAGGGCCAGCUUCAAGCGCUCUCUGGAUGUCGGAGGAAACCUCCUGCAGCCAGCUCAUUGCUGACGGGCUCUUCCCUGCCCGCGCCGAUGGAUGCGCAGCAUACGCGGAGAAGUAGGAGCGAGGCAAAAGAUCUCAGAUCAUCUACAACAGAUUUGAAUGUUGCCCUCAGUGAAUGUAUGGUAGCUGUGAAUUUAUUUCUGAAUAACAAGUUCCAAGAUGCCCUUACUUCUCUACAAACUAAAACAAAGGACAGCAUGUAUCAUGCUCUGACUUACGCUACCAUUUUGGAAAUGCAGGCUAUGAUGACCUUUGACUCCAGGGACAUACUGUAUGCUGGAAGCACAAUGAAAGAAGCUCAAGUUGUAUGUCAGAAGUUUCGGAAAAAAUCUUCUGUGGCAGAUUAUUUCAACAACUUAGUGCACAAACACAAUCUUGAUCAAUUAACUGAAGAAGAAAUUCAUGCAGAACUUUGUUAUGCUGAAUGCUUGCUUCAGAGAGCCGCUCUUACAUUCCUCCAGGAUGAAAACAUGAUUAGCUUUGUGAAAGGCAGCAUCAAAAUAAGAAAUAGUUAUCAAACAUACAGGGAACUGGAGAAUCUAAUACAGUCUCCCAGUUAUGUUAAAGGAGAAAAUUAUCCCCAUUUUGAAGGUGGUGUAAAGUUGGGAGUUGGAGCAUUUAAUCUGACUCUAUCUAUGUUACCAACAAGGAUUGCACGGUUACUGGAAUUUGUUGGUUUUUCUGAAAAUAAGGAAUGUGGCUUGCAGCAACUUCAAGAAGGAGCAUCAAUGUGUGGCUUUAGGUCUGUGCUAUGUACUAUGCUACUGUUAUGCUAUCAUACCUUCCUGACCUUUGUGCUAGGGACUGGUAAAGGAAAUGUUGAAGAAGCAGAGAAACUUCUCAAACCUUACCUGACUCAGUAUCCAAAAGGUGCCAUAUUCCUGUUUUUUGCAGGGAGAAUAGAAACAAUAAGAGGCAAUAUUGAUGGAGCCAUCAGAAGGUUUGAGGAAUGCUGUGAAGCCCAGCAGCUUUGGAAGCAGUUCCAUCACAUGUGCUAUUGGGAACUGAUGUGGUGCUUCACUUACAAACGCCAGUGGAAGAUGGCAUACUUCUAUGCGGAUCUGCUUAGCAAAGAGAACACCUGGUCAAAGGCUACAUACGUAUUUAUGAAAGCUGCAUACCUCAGCAUGUUUGGACCAGAAGAUUAUAAACCUUUUGGAGAUGAUGAAGUUGCACUGUUUAGGGCUGUGCCUAGUCUGAAACUGAAAAUAGCAGGAAAGUCCUUGCCUACAGAAAAAUUUGCAAUUCGGAAAUCCCGGAGAUACCUUUCUCCAAAUCCUGUUCCACUUCCUGUGCCUGUUUUGGAAAUGAUGUAUAUCUGGAAUGGUUAUGCAGUGAUUGGGAAGUGCCCAGACUUAACUGAAAACAUGCUGGAAUCCUUAGCAGAUGCGGAAACAAUCCUGGAAAAAAGCCCAGCUACAGAUUUCCUUGUUGAUGAUCGUUGUAUGAUAAAGCUUCUGAAAGGGCUAUGCUUGAAACAUCUGGGCAAGAUAUCAGAUGCAGAAGACCACUUUACUUACAUUCACUUCAAUGAAAAGAAGAUCAAGUAUGAUCAUUACUUAAUUCCAAAUGCACUGCUUGAACUUGCUUUGCUACAUCUGGACCAAGGUAAAACAGAAGAAGCAAUUAAGAACCUGGAAAGAGCGAAGCAAAAUUACAAGAAUUAUUCCAUGGAAACGAGGACACACUUCAGAAUUCAAGCUGCAUUGCAUCAAGCCAGAUCUUUCCCAGAUGAUGAUGAUCAUUCUAUAGCAACUGUGGUUUUGUAAUGUUGCUGUUUUUUUGUUU